UUUAUCCUUCUACCAACGAGACAUCUAGUCUAUGUUUCUUUUUGUGCACUUUUACUCAGUUUUUGUUCUUGUGAAUAUGGGUGUUUACUCUUAUCUUCUUGGUGUUAUUGUGGCUUUUAUUUCCUAUCUUAUGUAUCAGCGAUAUGCUCACGAGUAUAGCAGCAUAAUACAGAAGCCUGAGAAACGCUACGAUUACAUAAUCGUGGGUGCCGGGACAGCAGGCUGCGUGCUUGCUGCUCGACUCUCCGAGGAUCCCAGGGUAUCAGUGCUGCUGGUGGAAGCCGGAGACCACAUGGGUUACUUCACCAAGAUACCCCUGACGCCGACAGCAGCGCAGCAGGGACCAAACGACUGGUCAGUCCGGACCACGCCGCAGAAGUACUCGUCUUUUGGGCUUUGGGGACAGACACAAAUCCUACCCCGAGGGAAAGGUCUGGGUGGUUCAGGCCAGAUAAACUUCCUUCUUCACGGCUUUGGCUUCCCCGAGGAGUACCAGCGCUGGGCUCGGCUGGGCUUCCGAGGGUGGACGGCAGAGGACUUGAAGCCUUACUUCAUCAAAGCGUUCGGGACUGUACAGAGCGAGUUUGACUCAAAUCACUGCUCUGUUGACGGCGUCUGUCCAGGUGAUAAGGCACCAAUGAAGCUCAAGAUGCUCGACGACUCAGAUGAACUACUGUCCACGUACAAGCAAGCCUCAACAUCUCUAAAAGACAAGUACACAGUAUUUAGGAAGCCAGUUGCAACGGUGAGAGAUGGGACUCGGCAUAUGAGUUGGGAUGCGUACUUGAAACCAGUUUUAAGGAGGAGGAAUCUCCAUGUGCUACGGAAGACACAAGCUGUUUCAGUUCGCUUCGAGAACAAAAAAGCAUCAUCGCUAUACAUUCUACAGGACCACAGAAAUCUGGACAACAUAUUCGUCAACAGAGAAAUCAUUUUAUCAGCCGGAGCUAUCAAAACUCCUCAAAUUAUGAUGCUGUCUGGUGUUGGACCAAGAGCUUUGAUUCAAAGUUUAAAAAUACAACUCAUCGCGGAAAACGAGCAUGUCGGUAGGAACUUCCAUGACAACAUGAACAUGCCUAUCUUUGUCAGCAUCAGGAAACCCAUUAGUGUUACCUUGGCCAAGGUGUUCGCAUUCAGCACAGUGUGGAACUACUACUGGAUGAACUCUGGGCUGCUGUCAUUUCCACCGGUAGCUGGAAUCGAGUUACGCAAUUCUUCAGCUCUGCUUUUAUUCUCAAUGGGCACAGCCAGUGAGAGACUUUUGAGAGACCUCUCCAACUACAAAACGAAGGUGUUCCGCUCUACUUUUCCCUUCUACAACGACACAAGCAAAGAAGGCUUUAUGUUCCUGUCGACUUGCAUCCAGCCUAAGAGCAGGGGGACUGUCUUCGUGAAAGAUCCCAGCACCUACGUGCCUCCCGUGGUAGACCCCAACUACCUGCACCGUAUCGAAGAUAUCAGGUGUAUGAUUAAAGCAAUCAGAAGAGCAGAACAGCUGGUGGCUACGAAGGCUUUUCAAGAGAUAGGAGCGAGAAUUCACUGGCCUCGCCCUGAACGGUGUCUAUCCUUCUGGAACUACUCCAAGGAGGAACAGAUGGGACCAGACUUGAGGAGAAAAAGAAAGUUCAAGUCAUCCCCAGAAAUCAAACCAAAGCAGACUGCUUCGGCAGGCAGUCCGCCUGAUGAGUACCUAGAGUGUGUCAUCAGAGAGGUGGCAGUGACGGGCCACCACGCCGCGGGUACCUGCGCAGGCGGCGCUGUCGUUGACGAGGAGUUGAGGGUCAAGUCCGUAUCAGGACUUCGGAUAUUGGACGCCAGUGUCUUCCCUUCACCAGUUUCGUUUUACCCAAACUCAGUUUUAAUUGCCAUGGCCGAAAGAGCUGCAGACCUCAUCAAGAAGUCUUAUAAAGUUUGA